AUGCGAUACGACGACUGGGACGUGCUGCUCUUCCCCUCUGGCCGAGAUGAUCGAGUGCCCCUGAAGGAGUUCAAGGUCAACUGCCAUGUUGUCCCUGACGCCGACUUCUCCCACGGCCGUGCCACCUUUGGUGUGCCUGUCAUGACUUGCUUUGUCCCGGGACUCCAACCCGGCGCCCCUUUCCACAUCUCGAUCCACUGCUGGGGCAGACCCAAGCCCAGCCAGUACACACAGAACUACAGCAAGCACCCCGAGCUGGCUACUUUCGAGGCCCGCAUCUUCAUUGAUGGCCGCAUGGUUGCGUCCACAUUGCUUCAGCCGUUCGGUGCCUGGCCGCACCUAAUAGCCAGCACUUGUCAGAUGACGAAGCAGGGUGAGCUUGAGCAGUUGAAAUUUCCGUCGUUCCGUCGCGAGUUGCUCUUCCAGAACCACUGGAGUCCCAGUGACGACCUAGGACGCAUCAAAGUUCUCAUCAGCGAGGGUUUCCCCAGGGAUUCACCCUCGAACCCAAUCGAGCGGGUCAAAAACGUCGUCGCAUUUGCCUUUCAGCAUGCACCUCUGGAAAUUCUCGAGAACAACGGCAUCGCUUGGCCGAAUCCGCAGAUGUGGCGCCGGCCUCAGAACAACCCGGCCCUUCCGGUGCCAACAUUCUAUCCCGAUGACGGCGCAGACUCUCACUUGCACUCGCCACGUCGCAGACCUCUUGCUGGCCAGGACAUGCCGACCAUAUCCACAGCUUUGACUGCCCCUUCUGUCGCAACUUCCACCUUCGAUUCUGUCCACCCAGGUCCCUCGAAGUUGCAGAAGGCAUCUAUAUCCUCCGCUUCGAGCUUUCUGGACCCGUUCAACGAGGCUGCCUACCAGGAAUGGAUCAACUCGUUGGGCCUCGGCCAACAACAGCCUCACAUGGAUACGAACACGCUCUGGCCCAGUUCCAUCGCCCGAAGCAGUAACAAGUCUGGCACCGAUCCCAGCAUGUGGAGCAUGCCGGCCUACCCGUCCUCCACCUUGCGUGACGUUCUCACAACGGAUCCAAUGAACCUGUCUGGUCCCAGCCUAGACGAGGAUACUCAGAUGGAGGUCCUCAAGGUACCGACCAACACGCCGACUGCCUUCUUGGGUGCAGAUCAUGCAGGUUCAGGUCAAUUCACCUGUAACAUCCCAAACUCAUCUAUUUCUAGCGACUUCGCGCAUUCGCUUACUCACUCACUUCUGAAUCAACCACAUCCCCUUCCCGCGAUACCGCAGUCCGUCCAACCACAUCAGAUUCCACUGCCAGCGAGCGAGGUUAAAUCUCGGAAAGAGAAUCGCCAUCUCAACCAUGCCGGCUCAGUUGGUUCUUCUUCCACAAACCCUUCCCCUUCAGUCGAGGCACAGAUCCGCAAAUUCUCCACCACGAACACUGCCUUCGGUGUCAUUGGCAAUGACCGUGCAGGAUCCUCUGCCUCCGGGUCUGGUCCCACAUUCAGCCGCCGUGGCUCUGGUCCCGAGUUUGGUAGAGACAUCACAAAUACAGAGUCACCCAACCAGACUUACGCCGGGGUCGCCGCGUUGGGUACCGGCCCCGGCAGUGGCAGCGACAAAGGUACCAAGCGUAGCCGCAACUUCACCCCGGCUAGCACCAAGGCCAUAGACGAAGAGGAUGAGCCUCGUCGAGCCAGUCCCCGGUUGCGGAUGGCGAGUAUUUUCCCAUCGAAUGCAGAAGACCAUGAGGCCGAGAUGUGA